AUGCUUUGGAAAUCGCGAUGCGUAUGCUCGCAUAAAAAGCUUCAACACACUGGGAUCAAAUCAGCUGUAGAGAGAGAUCAUGAAUACCAAAUCAGUAAGUUGAGGUUUGUUUGUAAGGCAUGGUAUGAGAUUGUUAAUAGCCUCGUUUUCAUUGAUGCCCAUCUUCAAGGAUCCGACACUGGCUUAAUUUUUUUAGCUCCAGUUAUGAAGGGCCAUCCGUUGUCCAGUGAUUUUAAAACAUUAGACCCUCUUGUCAAACCAAACACUUUCUCUGUUGAAUCCAAGGUUUUGCAUAUGCAGUCUGUGCCUAUAUGUCAUUGGCCAUGCAUAAACCCAUCAUCUUUAUUUUACAUUAAGUUCAUGGAAAUUAAAGAUGGUAAGUGCACAAUAAAGGAGUACAAUGAGACUUGCGUAGGCAAAAUCAGAGCAACUUGCAAUGGCUUAAUCCUGCUCGAAAACCGGAUGAAGAAAGAGGGCUUAGUUAUCAUGAAUCCUGUGACUCGGGAACUGUUGAGAGUUCCUUUGGGAACUCAGUCUUCUCCUCAUCAUGAAUCAUAUGGGUUAGUGUAUUGCCAUUGUUCGAGCAAUUAUAAAGUGGUGCACUUGUUUCAGGAUGAGUCACAGUACAUUGGUUGUGAGAUUAUUAACAUUGGGAGUAGAUCUUGGAGAGUUGUGGAUGGACCUUCUUUUGGACUUCUUGGUUGGCUCGGGUAUGAACCUGUUUUUGCAAUAGGAGCUCUACAUUGGCUUCCUCUUAUUAAUCAUAACGAGUACAUAGUGUCAUUACUAGUGGACAAUGAGAAGUUCAAGAAGAUACCACUCCCAAAGAGUGGGGAAAUUCAUGAUCGCAUCAUUGCAAUGAGUGGAUUCCUUGGUUUCGUGACUCAUCAUGAAGACAUGAAUCAAAUUGAUGUGUGGAUUUUGAGGGGUUUGGGCUGUGAAGUUUGGGAAAAGCUCUAUACCAUAAGAAUGGAUUGCACGAAGAAUAUGGUUCCUCUUUACUGUUCAAGAAUUGACGGUGAAAUAAUUUUCAGGAAAAAAGAUUAUGAUCUAUAUGCCUAUGAUUGUUCUUUGCAAAUUAUGAGUAAGGUUGAGUUGAAAAAGGGAUGUUCCCCCUUCAAUGGUUGCUAUUUGCCUCAUGUGAAUAGCCUCGUCUCUUGGAGGAUUCCUGCAAAAAGGUGA